AUGGGAUACAUUCCUAGGGUGGAAAACACAGCUCUUGAAGAGCCCCAGAAGGUCAAAAUGGCAGCUAUAAGUGGUUCUGGGGCUGAGGCAUCGGGGCUGGUCCACACUCUCCAAGGCCAUGUCGAUGAUAUUCGCACUUUGAUACAGUGUGGUAUAUGCGUCCGCCCCCUUUACGAACCGUUUACUAUCGCCUGCGGGCACACUUUCUGCUACUCAUGUCUAUCCUCAUGGUUUGCUGGUGGAAGAUCAAAGCAAACAUGUCCGGAUUGCCGAGCACCCGUCAAAACCCAACCAGCCCCAGCUUAUUUGGUUCGGGCCGUGGUUCAGAUGUUCACAGGCCGAGCUGAGCUUUUAGACAAAGGGGAAACGACUACAGAGCAUACGAAGAACCAAAGGGACGAAGCAAAAAAACUAGACCAGGACAAAGCCAAUAAUCAUCCAACUCAGGGAGGUUUGUUCGGGGGUCUUUUCAAGCCCAAAGAUCCCCCACCCAAACCUAUCAUUGACAGGCAUGACGGAGUGGUUCGUUGUCCGGUCUGCUCGUGGGAAUUAGAAGGAGACAGUUGCGCGGGAUGCGGCUAUCGAUACCGGCCGGAUUCCGAGGAGACAGAUGACAGUGGAUCAGCCGACUUCAGUGAGACCGAUCUAGACUCUCUCGAUGAUGGUAUGGUUGAGGAGGAGGCCGAGGCCGAGGGAGCUGACAACUUCGACGACAUCGAUGAACGUGACGGCGUUUGGGGCAACUUUGCGCUUCAGUAUUACAGGCGGCCUACCAUUUAUGGACGCCCUAACUGGCCCUCAGGUGCUGGCCGGCAUAUUUUCGACCGGCUUGAAAACUUGAUGGAUGAACCUGGUAUGAUCCCAAUAGGGCUCCCGGUCCCAGUGGAUCAUGGCAACUAUCUCGCUUCGGGUAACACCCAUGGAGGUGAACACGACGAAGAAGAGGAAGAUGAAGAGGAAGACGAAGAGGAGAAUGAGUAUGACGAGUCAGACUCAUUCAUCGAUGCUGAAAACGACCAUCCGCCCACGAGUUCAUUCAUUGAAACUCAAGUCAAUCAUCUCGAAAGUGGCGAUAUGUAUGAAUCGGAAUCAGACCGUUCCACCGGCACUGUUGUGGAUGACGUUGAGGGUGGCCGCCCUCCCAUACCGCUUGGGCUCAAUUACAGGGACACCACACCUUACUUUGACGACGAGGCUUCUGAUGAAGAGGAACAGGAAGUCUCAGGGGAAUCGGACGAUAGAGAGAUGGUCGAGGAAGACUCGGAUGAAUCGGACGAAGACGCAAUCCAAACUGCACCGCCUCGUCAAGCUAGUCUACAAUAUCCACGCCAGUCCCCCUGGUUCCAAGCCCCCAGCGAUGCUUCAUGGCUUGCAGCGAGGCCUCCACCUGAAGAAAUCCCUGACUCGUCCGAGGAAGAGGGAUCCUCGCCUGUUAGGCCCGCUAGAUCUACUGCGCGCCGUUCCAUCCAUAACGGGACCACUGCUCACAAUGCGAUCACCCUCGAUGAUUCCGACGAAGAUCAGCCUGUCGGUCCAGUGAGAAGAACUACACAGAGGCGACGUGCCAGAUUCUCUCCAUAUUAG